AUGACUCUUGCUCAUCCUAUCCGUCGGGUUGCUAUCAUCGGGGCAGGGCCAUCGGGUCUCGCUGCAUUGAAAUAUCUGUUAGCAGAGCAGUGCUUUGAACGCAUUGAUCUCGUCGAACAAAGAAGCGCGGUCGGAGGCGCUUGGGUCUACACCGGCGGCUCCACGAAAGUGGAAGCGAAAACGACUGUUCCGCAUCUCAACGCACAUGAGCCUGUAGAGAGGCCAACUUGGAUCAAGGGAGAAGAUGGCUCGUCUCGAGCUAUCUUUGUGUCCCCAUUGUAUGAGCGACUUGAGACCAAUAUUCCCAAGGAUUUGAUGUGCUUCUCUGGUCGACCAUUUCCUGCAGAUGCUCAAUUGUUCCCCAAGCACCAGACUGUCCAAGAAUACUUGCAGGAUUAUGCCGAGGAGGUGAAGAGCUACAUUCGUUUUGAAACGCAAGUAGUCAACCUGCAGCUCAGUGACCCCACGUUGAGCACCUGGGAGCUGACUACCACCAACCUCGCUGAUGGUGUGAACACGACCCAGAUCUACGAUGCCGUCGUGGUGGCCAGUGGCCACUUCAAUGUUCCGUUUCUGCCCGAUGUGACGGGUAUUAGGGAUUGGGAUCGUGCAUAUCCCGGGGUGAUCUCGCAUUCCAAAUUCUAUGAUCGCCCUGAGCACUUUGCAGGCAAAAAAGUCGUCGUGGUCGGCAACUCUGCUUCGGGACUUGACAUUGGAAAUCAAAUCAAUCAAGUGAGCCAUGGUCCGGUCAUUGUGUCUCAACGCUCCGAGUCGUACUUUGCUGCACCUGCUGGAUCGGCUGCAUCCAACAAGGUGAUUCGGCCAGAAAUCGUCGAGUUUCUGCCACCGGCACAAUUCGACCGAGCUGUCCGUUUCAAGGAUGGCCAUGUCGAAGAGAGAAUCGAAGCCAUUGUCUUUUGCACGGGCUAUUUCUACUCAUAUCCUUUCCUGUCGUCUCUGCAGCCCCCCGUCCUCACGGACGGCUGGCGGACGAGACAUGUCUACCAGCAGCUGUUUUAUACGGAACAUCCGACCUUAGUGUUUCCAGUCCUUCCGCAGCGUGUAAUUCCAUUUCCGCUGGCCGAGAACCAAGCUGCGGUUUACUCUCGCGUCUGGUCUCAACGGCUCCAGUUGCCUUCAAAGACGGAAAUGGAGGCCUGGGAAGCUUUGCAGGUCGCACAAAAAGGAGACAGCAAGGCCUUCCACCUGCUUCCAUUCCCCUUGGAUGCUGAUUACUUGAACUUUCUUUAUACUUGGGCUGCCUCAGCCACGCCGCGACCGGAACUUCCCCAUGAAGGCCAGGGCCGACUCGGAACGUAUUGGAGCGACCGGCAGCGUCGGAUACGACAGAUAUUUACAGAGAUCCGACAAGCUUUUGUGCAACGAGGAGACGAACGGAGCUCCAUUCGGACACUUGAGCAACUGGGAUUUGACUUUGAUGCUCCCAAGGUCAAGACCUAG